AUGCGCGUAGACGCACAGCGUUCCGAAGCGCAGAGCGCCCGCGUGUACGCACGUUGUGGCAACUACCGAGCGCUGGGGUUUCUCUACGUCUGCCGACAGGAGCGCGACGUAGCCUACUCCGAGACUCAUACGGCCAAUUCGCCGCACGGGACCCGCUCAACCAAGUCGGAUCUGCGCCGGGAGAUGGAGGAUGUUGGCCUGAGUGAGAGCAUCAUUGCGACCGCGGAGAAAGGCCUGUACACAGACCAGCAAUUGGAGAAGUUAAAGGCGAAAAAGACGGAACUCAACGGAGUCGUUGCCAGAUCUCUUCGGGCUGAGCAGAUGAGGGACACAAUAGUCCACGUGCCCUUCAACGACACUUUUGAGGCACUCGAGACAGUCCCGAGCUGCCAGGUAGUUGCCUGUCACGCCUGCCGGCCGUACUUUAGAGAUCGCAUAUCCAUGUCCUUCGAUGCGGUCUUUAGAGAUGAAGUCCUACCUCUCCAACCUACCGAAGCAGACUCUCUGCCCGUCAAGUCAGCGCAGAUCAUUCGGAACAUCUCUUGUCGUCCAACCCCGGCUCCACUACGCAAGACGAUUGAAGAGAAUACGCCAACCACACUUCUGGUGUCCUCCUGUAGCCCGGAUGAGUCGCCCUCUACGCCCUCGCAAUCCAGCAUGUAUACCUACAAGACCACGCAGUCCGAGAUCGACACCCUGAACACCACCCGCCAUCACCGCCGUCGCUUCUACAAAAUGGGACAUCGUUCCUCGGGCGAGCUCGGUCGGGAUCUUUCGCGUCAAAUGCCGCUAUUCUUUCGCCAGGGACUCAAAGAGGCAUUCAAAGGCAUUUUCCGUGCCACGGCGCGAGACUCCAGCUCGUCAGGCUCCAACAUUACGCUUCCUAUGCCUCACACGGCCGCUGCUAGAGACACCGCGGACGUGACUGCGAUGGGCGAGUUCGACAUGGGUGCGCUACGCCGCGUGAAGCGCCAGAAAGACCGCUUUGAUCUGAGGCAGGGCCACGGGAAUGGCGUUGGUGCAUCGGAACAAGACGCCCAGAAUUGUGUACUGAGGCGGGAUAUGUCGAGCAGGAGUGACGGCGAGUCGGACAGUUCUGGAUCGAUGGCCUCGGUCUACUCCUGUGUAUCGGAGGGAAGCGAAGUGGAAGUGGAUGGCGGAGUGGCACUGACUGAGGAAGCGGUCGAGACGCAUACUCCAGAUAUUAUCAGCAAUCCGGAGAGCAUCAUGACGCAGGUUUAG